CAGAUUAUGAAUAGAUUAUGGACUGACACCUUCAUCGCAUUAAUGACAGACCUCAUCAUCCUUCGGUGUGCGCAAUUAUGAUAGUCUGAAUUUAGAAGUAAUGAGCCGCUGCACCAUUAAAACCAAGGUCACUAGAGAGGUAGUAAUCGGCAGUGGCUAUGCCACCUCGGCCCCUCUUGAUCGAUAACCCAUUUUCUGUCUACUUGACAUUUCAGUUACUUGUACAGUGCACCGAGAACUAGCUCUUGGACGCAAAUAUAACGUGGUAAUGCCUACAGAAACGCUUCAGUAUGGACAUCACAAGCUCCAAACAGUGACAAUCUCCACCGUAUCAGACAACCUCGAUGCAGGCUAUUGGGUGAUACUGAUCCACGGCGGAGCCUGGAGAGACCCAACUCAAACAGCCGUCUCGUACCUCACCCCGGCCGAGUCCAUCCUCACCACACCCCCAGCAUACACCUCCACAACCCUUCCGCACAUCGCAGCCUUCGCAUCGAUCGAGUACCGCUUGAGUGCCCACCCGAGCUACCCACAGAAUCCCGAUCACACUGAUCCUACUGAACACCGCAAUGCCAAACAUCCAGACCAUAUCCGCGACGUGCAAGCAGCUCUGGAUCUCUUGCAGCGCAAGUAUGGGUUCGGGACCAAGUAUAUCCUCGUCGGGCACAGCGCUGGUGCGACUUUGGCCUUUCAAUCGGUGAUGGGAGCUUUCCGGGACAGCGCCGCUGCUGUUGUUUCUCCUCCAGCUGCGAUACUGGGGAUGGCGGGUAUUUAUGAUUUACGACUUCUGCGUGAUACCCAUCGGCAUAUUUCUGCGUAUCAAGAGUUUAUUGAAGGGGCGUUCGGUUCUGACGAAGCGGUGUGGGGUGCGGCCUCGCCUGCCUCUGUGAAUGGCUCGGAGGGAGUUGAGGGGGGAUGGACAUCUGGUCGACUGGCUGUGCUGGCGCACUCGGCUGAAGAUGGGCUUGUGGACGCUGCUCAGCAGCAGGCGAUGCAAGCUGCACUCAGUCGCUGGGAGGACAGCACACCGCAAGGGAGUGGCCAGAGACGAGUUGAAAUGCUCUCUCUCAAAGGCGACCAUGAUGACGCCUGGAUAAAGGGAGACGAGCUGGCAAGGGCCAUUGCUCAUACAUUAGCGGGCCUACAGAAAGUGUAG